UUGUGGUUAGCAUGGAUCCCUCAAGCAGCUGAAACAAUCAAAGGAAAAAAGAGGCCAUCUGCACCAUUUUCAAGGCUGUGCCCUUGAGAGUACAGCUGUCGACAGGAAACAUCAGAGCCGGCCUGGGUGGGACAGCAAGGCUAAAGAACAAAAGAAGUUUGAACCAUAAAGAGACAGAGAGGAGGCCUACCUGCCCAGGUAGGAAAAGCGAACACAGAUCUGCACAGCGGAACAAUCAUGAAGACUCUCUUCUUAUUUGCCAUUGUGGGAGUGUUUUAUUGUUCAGGAAUCAUGUCAGAAGAUAUACCUGCUGGCACAGGCGAAGAGGCUGACUGUGGGAAGUACCUGGACGCUGGUUGUACCAAGGAGUAUGGCCCAGUAUGUGGCGCCAAUAACAUCCUUUAUGCAAAUGAGUGUGUGUUCUGCAAGGAAACCAAGGGGAAGAUCAAAAUCAAGAACCGUGGAGAGUGCAGGACAUUACUAACUACCAGUUCUAAGUAAAAAAAAAAAAA